AUGUGCGCCCAUCAUAACGACUUUGGAUAUACUACUGAUGAGUGCCAAAGUCUCGGGUACCCGGUGGAGGCAAUGCUGACAAAGGGAAUGUUAUCCCAGUACCGCGCUAAACCUGAGAAUAGGGCAAAUGAAGAGGGUGGGUCAAAAACAAUGACCGGCAAUAUCGCAAAUGAAGAAUUGCUGGAGAUCAACACCAUCCACGGUCAACCGAAUCCCGUGGAAGGAAAAGUGGCUCGAUCCCGGUUUGAAAAAAGACGAGCCGAAAAGGUGAGACGCAUAAACGGGAUCGCAUCUGCCUUUGAAUUUGCCAAAGCCUUAGAGAAUAUUAGAGUCAUCUCAUUCACGCAGAAAGAUAUGGAGGAAAUUGAGUUCCCUCACAAUGACGCGUUAAUGGUGACCCUCUGUGUUGCCAAUUCGAUGGUAAAAAGAGUGAUGAUUGAUGGGGGAAGUAGCGUAGACGUGUUAUUCUGGAGCACCUUCAAAAGAAUGAAGCUGGAUGAAAAAGAGAUUCAGCCAAACCCAACACAAUCUACAGUUGUAGACGCACUGAGCGCGUAUAACACUAUAAUGGGAAGAAACUGGAUUCAUCGAAUGGAUGGAGAAGCAUCGACACGUUGCCAGGUGAUGAGUUGCAUGUCCAAAGAUGGGAGAACCACAGUCGAUAUCAAGGGGGAUCAAGUGGAGGCCAGACGAUGCUACAACAUAGCAACUAACCUUAAGGCUGCAACUCCGCAGCAGGGCGAGGAUUUAUAG